CAGUGGCGUGCGUCGCAGUCCCACUUUUUUCAUGCUGAGGUAGUCGUAGAAGGGAGCGGAGAUACGAAACACUUGCCCAUGUGUUACCCAAACGCUCAGUUACACAUACCAUCAAAUUCUGUUACAAAUACUUGUGUGUUGUGGGAGUAGAAAACACCAUAAGUUUAAAGAAACGAAAUGGUCUGGCGCUCGAGGGACGCGCGCGGUCUCCCCACUUCAGCACUCUGGACAGCGCUCCACCAACUUGGAGACGGCGAAACUAGUAGGAGUUCAAUUCUGGAAUGAGGACCUUGGAGAUAAACGACGGUGGAAUCAUGGUGGAUAUUAAGUGUAUAUUUUCUACAGGUGCAUGCAAAACGCAAGUGGACUUUUUCAAGUGAGACAUGGACUUUGCGGAUAUUAUCUUCACGUUGUUCAUUGUUGUGGUCGCAAUUGUCUCGUUGUUGUCGAACUUGCUGGUGCUGCUAUGUUUUGUCCAGAGCACCGAGAUCCGCCGACAGGUACCGGGUAUAUUCAUCAUGAACCUGUCUUUUUGCAACAUACUUAUCACCCUUUUAAACAUGCCAUCGACAUUGGUGGGGAUUGUCAGAAACCACCAGCCUUUUGGGGAUUGCCUUUGCCAUACAGUGAGCUUUCUGGAGACCUUUUUGACUGCGAACACUAUGUUGAGUAUGGCAGCACUCAGUAUAGACCGCUGGAUAGCAGUGGUGUUCCCCUUGAGUUACUCCAGUAAAAUGCGCUACAAGGACGCAGUGAUCAUGAUGUGCUACUCGUGGCUCCACUCCCUCACGUUUUCCCUCAUCGCCCUCCUGUUCUCCUGGGUUGACUAUAGCCACAUUUACGCCUCGUGCACAUUGCAUUUGAGCGAGGAGAGCGACAGGAUCAAGUUUACAAUUUUCACCGUCGUUUUCCACGCCAGUAGUUUCAUGCUCUCCCUGCUGAUCCUGUGCUUCACGUAUUUGAAGGUGCUAAAAGUUGCACGCUUCCACUGCAAGAGGAUUGACGUUAUAACCAUGCAGACGCUGUUCUUGCUGGUGGAUAUUCACCCAUCUGUGAAACAAAGGUGCCUGGUAGAACAAAAGAGAAGGAAACAGAGAGCCACCAAGAAAAUCAGCAUUUUCAUUGGGUCAUUCAUCAUCUGUUUUGCUCCCUAUGUUAUUACGAGGUUGACCGAGCUGCUUCCCUUCGUGGGCAUCAACCGCCACUGGGGAAUUGUCAGUAAGUGCCUAACAUAUAGCAAGGCGGCGUCCGACCCCUUUGCCUACUCCCUCCUGCGUCUACAGUACAAGAAGGUCCUGGUUACCGUUGUCAACCGGCUGCUGCGCCGUGACCUGUACCCCUCAUCUGGCCACAACAGCUCUCUGGACACGGAGAACGACUACUCUCUCCAGAGGAUCAGUUAAUGUCACCAUUAUGGACAUCACAAAUAUACCACAGACAGACAGACCCCAAAUAAAGGUUUCCUCAUGGAAAGAGGGAGGGAGGUGAGAAAGAGAUGGGAGAAAAGGGGAUUGUAGGAAAUAGGAGAGAGCGAGAGAGAGAAAGAGAGGUUGUGGGAGGGGAAGAGGUGGAUAGAAGGAGACAGCAGGAAAACAGGCAGGGUAGAUGGAGGAAGAGAGGGCAAGACGGAUAGACUGCACAGAGAAUGAUCGCGUUCAGGGACAUUUGCUCCAGACGAUAUUGGUAAACAAGGGAGUCUGAUGAUCCAUGAUUCACUGGCAGACACACACACAUACACGCCCAGAGCCAGAAUCAAAUGAAUCAAUGUUAUUGAAUCAGCCAGGGGUUCGGUUGAUUCCUAAUGGGAGGGAUCACUCCACUAGAGAAUGCUAGUGGGCUCUUAUAACAUAAUAACCUCUUUAUAAAGCAGAUGUCAUAGCCACAUUUACAGACCUUUUGACACCCACAUAGAAUAUAGGAACGGGCUGUUAAGGUUAUUCAUCUCUCGUGGACAGAUGCACCUAACAUAAAUGGUAGUAGAAGCUGUUGACAGACUGUGGGAUGCCAUGACUAACGAGGAACUUUGUUCGGGUACGCUGAUUUUUCAUCACUGACCACUUGGACAAAUCACGAUUUUUGCAGGUGCUCGCAUCGUUCGAAUUUCGGAAGGGGAGGGGACAUUUUGGGUCACAGACUUACCCGUUACUGUCUGAGAGUUUUCAUAUAGAGGGGUGGAGACUUUGCUGGUCUCAUUAACAUAUUUUAUAACACGUCUCCCCCAGAACUUAAUGGAGGAUCUGACAAAUCUCGCAAGAUGUUCUUUCUGGGUGUCCGAGGUUAUGUACUGUCAACGGUACAGAGUGGAAGACUGGAAAGCUUAGCUAGGGGCUGACCAGUAGCCAUUCGGGCACUGGUGCGAUUUCAAGGGGCAUCAAUUAACUUCUUGAAGUUAAAAUAUGUGAACUUUUCAAUGAAUGGUACUUGCUGUGGCAAAUGCUGCCAACUAGAUAGCCAUGUUAUGUAGCCUAUGGACUGGGUUUUAGACUACUACUGCAGUUGCUCACAAUUUCACAUCAAUCACUGGAUAUUGAUGCACUUUGUAUUUCUCUCAGAGCUACUAGUUAUAACAGCCAAAGGCAAAUGCCAUCAUGUUUACUAUGAUAGCGUGUUGUAACUGAAUGUACUGCAGGUAUUAAGAUCAUUUUGACUGAAAUGGAUUUGUACUAUUGUGUAUAUUGUAAUACUUUAUUCUGCCAGGUGAUUGCUGGAAAUGUUUAUAUGGAUAUUUAUAAAUACCGGAUGUUAUCUUUAUCAAACUAUUUUGCACUGUAUGAGAAACCAUAAUAUGUAUUUGUUUAAAUGAUCUUCAAAUAAAAGAGAUGUUCUAUAGCAGAAGAAUGUUACGUUAUGUUCAAGUAAGUGCUUUAAAACACGUUAUUGUGUUCGUGCCAGAAUUCAAUAUAUGACUGUUUGGCUUUUCAAUAGUUGCUUUAUCAGAACCUGAUUCUUUUUAGAUGCACCCAGCACAUGUGUAUUUCAUUCUGCGGGCCUAUGCCACUUGCUGUACUUUGGCAGUGUGUGAGUAAAGCUGUUGGUGAAAAAUGUGCAAUAAAGCUGUCAAAUAACAAGCA